AUGGCGGAUGUCUAUCAAUGGCGCAGAAGGAUCCAGCCUGGCUUCCCAAACACACUGCUGCCUGUCGGUGAGCAAGAUGAGGCCGAUCCAGACAUUACGAGUGGAUUCGGUUCGUCUCGCAAGAAGGUGCGACCCAAGAUCAGCUCCUACUUCUCCCAUCGCGGUCCUUCCAGUCAUGGCAGAUCCUCUGUAUGGUCUGCGGAUCGGCGAGCCUCUUUCAAGGAAACCAUAUCUUCUCCAUACCAGACUUGGCCCGAGGGAUGCGAGCCUGACCCCGACCAGACCAUGGACUCCAUCAUGCGCACCCUGAUUGCUGAGCCCUAUCGUCCCCUGGACGUCAAGCACAACUCGCCCCUGCUGAUGAUCUUCGAAGGGUUUCGCAACCUUCGUGACGAGAACUCUUCUCUUUUGCGAAAGCUGAAGUAUGAAGCCGAAACUCGAUUCGAAUCACACCAUGAACUGGAACUCGAACGACAGGCAUGGCAACGAGAAAGAGAACAGUACCAAGCCGAGGUCAGGAGACUCGAGCUCAUCAUCUCAAAGAACAAAGAAGGAGUUGCAGAAGUGGUGCGCGCCAGACAAGGAAGUUUGCUGGGCAGAGAACACAGACGCCGUACUACCUCAAGCGCAAACACGAGCAGAGAUGAUUCAAGAGAAACCGUCUUUGAAUUCCUUGAGAGGACAAGGAUCGAAGAUGAGAGAAAGCAGGAAGCAGCCAGAAAGGCCCAAAGAGUUCCAUCCCGUAACCGCCCUAUCUCUCCGUCGCAGAAGAUGGCAAUACUGUCACACAAGUUCUCCACGACUAACCACUACAGCGACUUCGAAUCGCCUCCUAGCCCUCAAGAAUUCACAAGUCUCUCUCAGGCCUCGAUGUUUGAGAUGCUGGCUAGACGACCUUCCUUUUCUGAUACAGACUCAUCAGAGAACGGUUCGAUCCAGCAUCGAGAUGCGGAUACUGUUGGAGAAGAAGCGGCAGACUACUCUAACCUCAACGAAACCUUACUGAGUAAGAACGGCAGCAUCGAGCUUGAGGCCCAGCCAACGCAUUACUUCGACUUGCGCACACCAUCGAUCGCAUCACGCAGUACGGAACAGCUUGGGUCUCGCACGCCCAAGGUGCGUCCAGAGUCACUUCGUUUGGAUCAUGCACGAAGAUUUUCUUUCGAAUACGGUGAUGAGAACCGUUCCGCUCAAGCCAAGACACAAUAUUCCGUGAACUCUCCUCUUCAGCGAAGCGUUUCUGUAGGCCAGUUUGCUACAAAACGUACAGCUCUAUCUCCGUGCGAUGCUUCUAGCACGCUGGCUGCAGACGGUCUUGUUUCGUCUCCAGUUGUGGUGUCCGUGCUAGAAUUUCCGGGCAUAUCUAAAAUACCUAGUCCUGUAUUCGACUCAUCUUUGGCAAGACCAAGACGGGAAGACUCAACUUCAAGCUUCCUUACCGCUAUCAGAGCCCCUGAAGGCGGGUCAAACCACAGCAGAACAACUUCAAGAUCAAGCAACCCUUUAGACAAUCCUCGCCUCACAUCGAGUCUUCAAAGCAGCGGUGAUUCUGCCAACGUCCAAGGCAACUUUAGACGUUGUGGUAGCGUACACGAGGUGAGCAUGGCUGUCGCUACCGCCCGUGCUGCUAUUCCUUCCGAUUCGCCAAAGCCAAUCGCAGAGUUACGUGCCUCGUAUCACGACAACGCAUAA